GCGCGCGGAGGGCGCGGAGGACCCCGGCGCUCCUGGGGACGCGGGACUCCCCUGGGAAGGGGCACAGGAGAAUGUCUCAGGAACCUACGACGUACACCCUUUUCCUGUUUCUUGCUCUGAGCCAUGGCGUGGCGAGUCAGAGAAUUCCAGAUUCCAGUGAGGCAUUACUGGAUCUCAUACAGUUUCAAAGCUCCCACGUGUGGACGGCAGACCAGUCGGAUAGAGUCCUGGCCUACCUGGAUGCACGGCAUGUUCCCUUCACCAUGUCCAGCCUGCAGGCAGCCAUGGAAAACCACCUGGAGCAGCGUUUGCACCAGCCCCAGAAGCUGCUGGAGGACCUGAGGGAAACAGACACUCAGCGAUUCCGCACUGCCAUGAGGUGCCUCUUGGAAGACAAGAAGGGCCGCUUGGACCUCAAGGACACCAUCAUUGACUUGGGAGAGAUUCGGCAACAAGCCUUGCAGAGCCCUGGCGUGAACCGCAGCCUGUUUCUCGUCACGCUGGAGAGGUGUUUCCAGGUGCUGACCUCCCUGGAGUGCGUGGAGAUUCUGGGCAGGCUGCUGAGGGCGUCCUCAGGCAGCUUUCUCCAGCCAGACCUCACAGACAGGCUCCCCCAGGACCUGCGCGAGGACGCCUUUAAGAACCUCUCUGCAGUGUUCAAAGAUCUCUACGACCAAACCUCGGCUCAUUCCCAGAGAGCUGUCUACUCCUGGAUGACUGGGAUUUUGCAGACCUCCUCCAAUGCCACUGAUGACUGUGUUUCAUGGGUCAGUGCAGAAAAGUUAUGGAUUUUGGGCAGAUAUAUGGUUCACCUACCAUUUGAAGAAAUUAUGAAAAUUAGUCCUGUAGAAAUUGGGCUGUUUAUCAGCUACGACAACGCCACCAAGCAGCUGGACACGGUCUAUGACAUCAGCCCUGAACUGGCCCAGGCGUUUCUGGAGAGGAUCAGCUCCUCCAACUUUAGCAUGAGGAACACCUCCACCAUCCACAGGUUGGGGCUGCUGGUUUGUUUCUACGAUGACCUGGAGCUGCUGGAUGCUGCAGUGGCUCAAGUCCUGCUUCACCAGAUGAUCAAAUGCAGCCAGCUGAGGGGCUUCCAGGCUGGCGUUCAGAAGCUCAAAGCCAACCUUCUGGACAUUGCCACGGAGAACCAGACCCUCAAUGAGACCCUGGGCUCUUUGUCGGAUGCGGUUGUGGGUUUGACCUACAGUCAGCUGGAAUCCCUCUCCCCGGAGGCUGUGCAUGGUGCCAUCUCCACCCUCAACCAGGUCUCAGGUUGGGCCAAGAGUCAGGUCAUCAUCUUGUCUGCCAAAUACUUGGCCCAUGAGAAGGUGCUGUCCUUCUACAACGCCAGCCAGAUGGGCGCCUUGCUGGGCGGGGUCAGCACCCAGGCCUUCCGCAGCAUGGACUGCAGGGACCUCCCGCAGGCCCUGAGAAGCACCGUCGCUCAGCAUGUGUCUGAUCUGUCACCUGCCCAGCAGCAAGGUGUCCUUAGCAAGAUGAUCGAAGGAGGAGAUCCUGCCUCGGGCAUUGUGGAGAUACCAGGGGCUUUCUUUAAAGAAGUGUCUCUUUUUGAUUUACGGAGGGAACCUGGAUUCAACCCCACAGUCCUGAAGGACAAGGAGCUUCGGAGGAGCCAGGCCCUGUUCCUGUAUGAGCUUCUGUUAAAGACCACUGGGAGGCCCGGGGAGCUCCUGAGUGCUGGGCAGCUGGUCAAAGGCGUGACGUGCUCGCACAUUGAUGCCAUGAGUGCUGACUCCUUUCUGGCUCAUUUCCGGUAUUUUGAGAACAAUCUCUUCCUGCUUUCACCGUAUCAGGUUAAUUGUUUGGCGUGGAAAUACUGGGAAGUUUCCAGGUCGUCUAUGCCGCCUUUCCUCUUGGCUGUGCUCCCGGCCCGCUACCUGGCUUCCAUCCCGGCCUCCCAGUGUGUGCCCUUUCUGAUCAGCCUGGGGAAGAGUCGGUUGGACUCCUUGGUUUUAGAUUCCCACAAAAAGACUUCAGUCCUCAGGAGAGUGCAGCAGUGCCUGGACGACUCCAUUGCUGAUGAGUACACUGUGGACAUCGUCGGGAACCUGCUGUGUCACCUGCCAGCAACCAUUAUUGACAGAGGCAUUUCCCCCAGGGCUUGGCUCCCUGCCCUGCACAGACUCAGAGACUGCCCAGACCUCAGCCCCGAGCAGAAGGCUGCGGUGAGGUGCAGGCUCCUGGAACAGUACGGACUUCCUCAGAACUGGACAGCUGAGACUACAAAGGACUUGGGACCCUUUCUAGUACUUUUCUCAGCUGAUGAAUUAAGCCCUAUUGCCACAAAGUUUCCUGAUAUGCUUCAACAAACAGCUUCCAAGUUGGCUGGGACCCUGCCCCCUAGAGAAUUCCUCUGGGCUGUCUUUGAUUCUGUUCGGAACAGCAGUGAUGGGAGUCCUAGCUCUGAUGCCAUUCCUGGUUGCCAUGGAGUCCCGGCUCCUUCUUCAGACGAUGUCUUCAAGUUGGCUGAAGCCAAUGCCUGCUGGGCCCCGGAGGACCUGCUCUGCAUACAGGAAGACACAUUCAUCAGGAACGUGGAGCUGCUGGGGGCUGUGAAGGGGUUCAGCCUGCCUCAGCUGCUGGCCCUGAAGGAGAAGGCAGUACAGGUUUGGGACACGCCUUCAUACUGGAGAGAACACCAUAUCGUCUCCAUGGGACGCAUUGCUUUGGCUCUUAAUGAGAGUGAGCUGGAGCAGCUGGACCUCAGCUCCAUAGACACUGUGGCUUCCCUGAGCCAGCAGACAGAAUGGACCCCAGGACAGGCUAAAUCCAUUCUGCAAGGGUUCUUGGAUGAUUCAGGCUAUAGUAUCCAGGAUCUGAAGAGCUUUCAUUUAGUGGGCCUUGGUGCAACCCUGUGUGCUAUGAACAUCACCGAAAUCCCACUUAUAAAGAUCUCAGAAUUCAGGGUGGUAGUGGCCAGAAUUGGGACCCUGCUCUGCAGCACCCAUGUCUUGGCCGAGUUUAAAAGGAAGGCAGAGGUUGUAUUUGGGGAUCCCACUGAGUGGACCAGCUCUGUCUUGCAGGAGCUUGGGACCAUUGCAGCUGGAUUAACUAAAGCAGAGCUCCGGAUGCUCAACAAGGAUUUGAUGCCGUAUUUCCAGCCAUCAGCAAUAAAAUGCCUUCCUGAUGAGAUAUUCAAAGAGCUGUCCGCGGAGCAGAUCGCCUGCCUGGGUCCGGAGAACGCGGCGGCCGUGACCCACGCCCAGCGCCAGCGGCUCGGCACGGCACAGCUGCAGAGCCUCCAGCGGGCGCUAGAUGGCGCCAAGGCUCAGCCCUGGCAGGACGCGCCGGCCAGCGCCGUUCCCACUAGGACGCCAGCCUCGUGCUCUCCCCCAGGAGCUCCCAUCUCUCGGGGCCUUGGACUUGGCUGCCUCCUGCUGGUUCUGAUGGCCAAGCCUCAGUGGGGAGUGGCCUGAGUGCAUUGCCCCUUGGGUGUCCCAAGCAGCUGGCCAAAGCGUGUUGAGACAGAGGGCACUUCAGACUGUGGGAGACCCUUACCUGGACCAAGAGCCUCACCUGGGGCAGAGAGACCCCUGGGCCUUGACAUUUAAAAGGCCCCAAAAGGAAAAAUAAUUAUUAAAAAUGAUCUUGCAGAUU